GUUCGGGAGGCCCGUGUGGUUGCAUUCUAAUGGGGGUUUCUAUGUUUAGCAUUUCCCAAUGCCAGAUCAAGCAGAUGAUCCCUGCUGAAGAUCUACGUUGCGCUGCAGAGUUGGCCAUUCCAUGAGCAAACAAUGGUAUUAUGCCGUCUGUGCGUUCAUCCAGCUUUUGCUGUGUAGCCGCGUGUUAUGAAUCCAAUUCGAGAAUCAAUCUGUCAGUCUGUUGUUUCUGAUAUGGCCUCGUUGAUGCAUUGCUGGCAGUGAGAGAUUCGUCCUUCCACUUCGGUUAAGAUCUCCUGCUGCCAAUUCGUAUUGCUGCCUAUUCGUAUUGCUGCCAAUCCGUAUUUCUAAGAUCGAUCUGCCGUCUCUUUGUUCCUCGCUCGUGGAAUUCUCGUCCGCUCUCCUCAUUGUGUCUUGGUAACCUCAUUUAAGCGAUGUCUGCAGUAAUCGUUCAGCUGCUCUUGUAAUCAGUACAGCACAACAGAAUCAAGAGGACCAUAUUACCUUCAGCUGAAUUUUGAAGGGAUUAAGAGCGUUAAUUUUGGGUGGCACUUUGGUUGCGACUGUGGAUUGGCUUCGGUUGGUGUGUUGUGAGAAAAUUUAUUUGUGAGCAUCGAUCAAUUCUUUCCAGCUGUUCUAGUGCGGGCUGUGUAACGAAGGUGGGAGUGCAGGUCCGGGAAUAAGAAUGGGAGCUCAAGUUACGAAAGAAAAGCAGGUGAAGGGAGAGAAGCGGCAGCUCAAGGAGCAGGCUUCCGCCACUGAACCUCUCACAUUUCCAGGCAGCGACUUUCAUCAUCCCAACCCCAAGGUAUGGAUGUCAACCCUCCCCCUCCAGAACCUGAGGAUGCGUGAUGUGGUGUGGCCCGGCACCCACGACUCCGCCACCAACAAAAUUGGCUUCCCCAUGGUGUCUCGUCCCUUCGCUCGCUGCCAGAAGCUUUCAGUGUAUGACCAGCUGUGCAUCGGAGUCCGCAUGCUGGACAUCCGUGUGCAACAGGACCGCAAGGUUUGCCAUGGCCCUCUCAAAUCCUAUCUUAUUGACGUCGUCAUCGAGGACCUGAAGAGAUUUUUAGCAGAAACUGAUUCGGAAUUCGUCGUCCUUGAGAUUCGGACCGAGUUUAACUAUCAGGAUCCUCCUGCUUUCGAUCAGUGGCUCAUUCAGCAAUUAGGAGAGUAUCUGGUUCCGCAAGACGGAAGCUUCUUCGCCAGGCCAUUGAUCGAACUGCUGCCCAAGCGCGUGAUUUGCAUUUGGAGGCCUAGACAGUCUCCUGCGCCAUCUCCUGGCUCCCCACUCUGGAGCUCCGCUUACAUCAAGGACAACUGGAUCGAUACAGACCUUCCCCUGACAAAAUUUCAUGGAAACGUCACUAACCUUCAAAAGCAGCCGCCCAACGAUCAGAGGACGUACUUUUACCGAGUGGAGAACACGGCUACGCCACAGAUCACGGGGCCUAUGCUUUGUGUAUACCCUGUUACGAACCGCAUUCGAGGAUACGCGCGCCUGUUUUUAGCGGAGGUAUUCAAGCAAGGCCUGGGAGAUCGGUUGCAAAUCUUCUCGGGGGACUUUGUAGACCAAGAAUUUGUGGAUGCUUGCAUUGGAGUCACCAUCGCCCGCAAUAACUUGCAAAUGCUACAGCCUGCCGCACCUGCUGCAUAGUGGACGAACAAUGCCACGGAUGUCGGUGUGCAAGGCUGUCAAAGCUGUAACAUAGCAUCUUCAUUCCACGUAGAGUCUGUGUACAUUUUCAGGAAAGUAGGGGAUUUAGACGCCACAGUCUUGGACACGGAGAAUACGUGGGUCCAAGAUCCAUGUGUGGAAGUAGCGAGCUGUUGGAAGCAGCAUUUGAGGGUCAACAGAGCCUUGUACAGUCGUGUCAGAGUUCAUGCCUCACCCCUUGUGUCGUACUUGCCGUGCGUCGCAUCCUGCUAUUGUAUUUUAAGUGUGAAAGAACCUCCGCGAGCUACUUUUGGAUACCAAUCACAGACAUCCCUCCUUAUGAAAGGAAAGGCACUCCGUAAAGAGCAAUUAGAUUUGGAGUCUCCGGAGAAUUUCCUAUCCAUACACUCAAGUGCCGAGUAUUCUAGAUCAAAGUUGGGUUUUCAGAAUAACACUACAGUAGAUUCAAGUAUGAUCUCGCUAUUUCUUUUCCUUUUCAUUGUUUUCAUUCUUCAUUCCAAACCAGAGAUCGCACAGUUCCAUCAACAACUUUUUUGAGUUGCUAUGACAAGUAUCCUUUCAAAAGAGUCAGCUGUUCAAAAUCAUCUAGCA